AUGACGAAACGAAGAACCAAAGCUGCCAAAGCGAGUCGUCAAAAUGGCGCAACUCGAUGGAUCAAAGUAAGAGAAGCUGAGCAACUUGCUCGUCGGCAGGCACCACCACCGUCACCGCAACAAGGACCUCCAAUUCAUAGAGGUCGUGGUACUCCGCCGACCACGCCAUGAGCUCCUCGGACCCCGUCUCCAGCUACAAGAUCUUCAUCUGCCUCUGUGGCUCGGCAGGCACAUCCACCGUCUCCGCGACCAGGAGUUCCCACUGCUCUGUCUCACUACCGCGUCCGUCAUCACCUUCGAUUCGUAGCAAUUCGUCAGUUCCUACGGCGUCUGGUGGAGCGAGAAAUGGAAGCCCAUCGACUAGAAGUUCUACGUCGUCUUCUAUCCAAGGCUCUCCAAUUGCUCCAACGACUUCUGCCUCACAACCGACUCGUCCAAGUGAUUCGACAGCUGAUGUUCGCACAAAACACGAGGCCUUACUCGUGGAAUGCCGUGAAUAUGAAUCAACGCUUCUCGGAAUCAAGAAUCUGA